AUGACUGCAAGAAGAGUUGCUCAGUUCCAUCAAAUUCCUCAAACUAUCAUAAAUUCUCUUCAUCGGCCACAGAAUUCAUCCACCCAUUUGAACCCACAAUUUGUAGCUAAACCUCCUUCAAUUUUAGCAACUGAUCUCAUCAAGUCGUACUUUGAGAAGGGAUUGGUUAAAGAAGCUCGUGUAUUGUUCGAUGAAAUGCCUGAACGAGACGUGGUUGCUUGGUCUUCUAUGAUCAGUGGCUACGCCUCGUGCAACCUCUAUAAUCGUGCAUGGACGAUGUUCUACGAGAUGAUGAAGGAUGGUGUCAAAGUGCAACCUAACCAGUUCACGUUCUCUAGCGUACUUAAGGCUUGUAAAGGCAUGCGGUCGCUGUCUUGUGGUGCAUUGACUCAUGGAUUGGCUCUUAAGCAUAGCAUGCAUGGGAGUGUGUACGUUGAUAAUGCGCUCAUGGACAUGUAUGCGACGUGUUGUGGUGGAAUGGAGGACGCAUUCAUGGUUUUCGAGGAGAUAAGCGUUAAGAAUGCAGUGUCAUGGACUACAUUGAUAGCUGGUUACACCCACCAAGGCAAUGGUCGUGGAGGACUUCGAGUUUUUAGACAAAUGAUACUGGAGGAGGCUGAACCAAAUCCAUACAGCUUUUCAAUUGCUGUUAGAGCUUGUGCCUCAAUUCGCUCACACAGCUAUGGAAAGCAGAUACAUGCUGCAGUGGUGAAGCAUGGAUUUGAAUCCAGUAUUCCUGUAAUGAAUUCAAUAUUAGACAUGUAUUGUAGCUGUAGUCAUUUGAGUGAAGCAGAUCAAUGUUUUCAUGGAAUGCCCAAGAGAGAUAUAAUCACAUGGAACACUUUGAUUGCGGGACAUGAAAAAUCUGAUCCCUACGAGUGUCUCAACCACUACUCUGUUAUGGAGUCAGAAGGUAUCACUCCAAAUUGCUUUACAUUUACUAGCGUUAUAGCUGCUGCAGCUAACAUGGCAUUAUUGAGUUUUGGAGAGCCGGUUCAUGUAGUUCUUCCAUUCAAAAUGUUCAUUGCUCAGAGGGAGGGAAUAGAAGCAUAUUCUGUUACUAGGUAA